CACGUCUGGUGCUGGGACCACGUGAGCCACGCGCUCCAAGAAGCCAUGGCCGCUUCCGUCAACCUUGGCACUUCUUUGGACAAGUUCCCAGACACAUGCCGGCAGAAGGCGAAGCUGAGUUGGGACCGAAAUUUGAAGGAGACCAAAGGGAAAAAGUAUAUGGCCAACAGCCUAGCCAAGCUCGCCGAGAUCUUGUCGAACUUACCAGUUUAUUACGAGCAGGAUUCGUCGAGAGGUUCGAAAUCGGAAAUUUGGAAAGCAUUCACCGCCAAGAUGAACACCGAGAAGCCUCCGUCCCAGGGGUUUGUUUUCGACGACGGGUACAGGGACGUAAACAUGGAGCUGGCUGAACCAGAUCCGCAGCACAACUGCUACUUCCGCGUGCCUUUCAAGUACGAGGAGGCCAACGUUACGCUCGCCGAUUGCCCUGUGGUCCGCGGGAGACAGUAUUCGUUAUCGGACGUAAGGAAGGUAGUUCAUGACUACAUCGAUUCCUUCUUCUACAAGAACGACGGAUACUUCGUGACCUCGUGCGCUUCGACAUACUGCGCCUUCUUCGGCAUCCACGUGCCCGUCAUGAUGGUGGCGAUCGGAGAAGGUGGUGAUGGCAAGGGCGCAUUCGAUAUUCUGGAGUCUUCGCUUUUUGGCAAGCAGAACUCGGCCACCCUCGACCCCGCCAUAUUCGUCGACGACAACGAGUGGCGGAAAAGUGCGCACUUCGGCCUUCACAAGAAGCGAGUGUGCAUUAAAGAGUCGAAAACCCUUUCAGCCAACGUCAGGAUCAACGUGGACGUGCUCAAACGCUUCAUUGCGGGCGAGGAGAUGAUCGUCAGGGCAAACUUCGGAUUCUCCAGCGAAGUUCGUUACAACAAAAUGAAGAAGCAGCAGAGCUGCAAUUACGACGACGUCUCUCCUAUCAUGUCGAUUCCCCGAAGCGUUGCCGCGCAGGAUCUUGAAGUGCGCGGGGAAGAAGGAGCACCCCGAAAGUCCCCCACGGAGUCAGUGGACCGCCGUUAUUUGGCGUCGGCCGUGGGCCUUGCAACGCUGGUUAUCGACAGUAAAGACGUCGACCACGAGAACGGCCGCUUCUUGAAAAUUGCUUCGGAUAUUUUGGAAAAUAUAUUGGCGUGCCCUGCUGGAGCUCACGUGUAUUUCAGAGAGAUUCUACAGCCGACUUGGGAUGCACUCGGGGACACGUCGGCCAUUGUGAGCACACUCGAACCAGAUAAUCUCGAUGAGCACAUGAAGGUGUCCACGCGCUGGUACAUCCAGCGUCUGACCAACCAGCAGUGCGAUCCAAGGCCCAAGUGCGUCAUGGAUAUAUCACCUGGCGCCGCAGGUUCGGCUUUCACAAAAUUUGUGACGCUCGCAAAAAGCUGUGGGCCUUUGGCCGAAUACUUGAUCCAGAAGGACACCGAUGUCAAUUUCUUCGGCAAGCAGCAGCUCUAUGCAUUAGUAUUUCCAGUUGAUACUGACAAGAUGUUGAAACUUACCCGGUCUUUUGACAUCCCAGCGCCGACGGCAAGUCCCAGCGAAAGAUGGCUCAUGGGAGCUCGGCCUGAGGAUAAAGACUACCUGUUGUCUGAUGAAGAGCAGGAAUUCCGUCAGGCAAACUGCUCCGUUGUGUGCGCGGUGGCGGACGUCGUGGACAUCAACGGCUUGGUUGCCCACGUCGAUUCUGGCGUCGACCGGCGGCAGGCCCAGAUUCAAGGAGGCGUUUUAGAACUCGACAUGAAGGUUGCGUUUUUCAGCUUGUUGGUUGUUGCCUUAAAGCAGCACGAUCAGCUCAACGUCGAAGCAGAGUUCCCGCUUCUGUGCAACGGUGUCAGCAACUGGGACGGAUGGAAGACUUUUGUGUCUAAGUACUUCGACGUCGAGGUGGCCGUCGCGAAGAAGCUGCUGAUUUCGGCAACCAGCCCCUACGGGCGGCAGUCGCCAAAUCCACAGGAGCGGCCUGACUGGCUCCCACACUUGGACUGUUUGCAGACGGAAAUAGUCAAUGCUUCUCGGUUUCUUCUCGAGCACGACGUUCUUUACCAGGAGGUCGCGAAGGCGCGACCAGAUUGCAGCUCGCUGCACAUCUUCCUCGGCGAACUGGAGUGCAGUGUCCUGAUGGACAUGAAGCACCUGUUGGAAGAAGCAGGUGCGGUGCCGAUCUCUUUAGUCUACGACGGUAUUUACUUCAGACCCAUGGGGCUCGACGUGCACGACGAGAACUUCAUCGCACAUGUGUCUGCGAUCGAAGCCGGCCACGGGAUAUCUCUGCAAUUGAAGGAUUUAAGCGGCGCGCCGAUUCCUUGGAGGAGCGCCGCUCCCGAGCCAGGCGACCGCAUUCUAGGCAGCAGUUCCUCUUCUCGGCCGCGCGAGGACGACUUCUCUUCCGUCCUGGCGGCUGCGUGCGAGAAGUUGGAAGGCAAGGCGCUCGAGGUUGUCCACGGUGAGAACAUGUGCGUCAUCAGUGCUCUCACAAACAUGGACUUAGUUGCGGGGGAGCCGAGCCAGGCAGGGUUCGCUAGCGGCCCGUACUCUUACCGACAAUUGCAGAAGCUCUACCCCCCUCUCAAGUUCUCCGAGGUACUGCUGAGCGACUUGAUUUGCGCGGAUCCCAUGGAUAAUUUUGUCCUGCAUAUCGGCACACCCGAACGGAUUGCAAUCCAAUGUUCCCUGAAGACCGUGUACACCGCCACUGCGAUGGGCCUAGUGAAGAAGCUCACCGCGAGCGGCCAUCUUCGCGAUUGGCGCGGCGAGAUCUGCCCCUGGUGCGGGGAGGGGGAGUUGGGCCCAUUGAAGAAUUUUCCAGGCAGGAGCGCGAGCUACCGAUGCAGGAGCAAAAGGUGCCAGAAGUUUGUGCUGCCCCAUCACGACCAUCCUGUGUUUUCACAUGGCCGGGGCAACGCAUCAGCGCCAUUCGCGGACAAGGUAGCUGUCUGCAUGUGUGCGACCUGGGACGUGGCACAGAGCAAGUGCCACCAGAUAACUGGUAAUAGCCACAAGCUCAUCGAGAAUGUCUACACUCGCCUUGACAGCGCCAGGAUGAAGUAUGUCAAGAAGAAGGAAAAGAGCAUCAAGUUCGGCGCUAUCGACAAGUGGCCGGACGUGGAGGCGGACGAGGUGGACCUGGGCAAGAGGGAUGAUGCGGAGAAGGAUGACCAGGACAAGCCAGUGCAAUGGGAACAAUGGGGAGGAUUAGUCGAGCGGGGCAGGCCGAACACUUUGGUCCUGACGCGUCUUGAUCCAUGCACGACGAAGCGGCGUGCUCCAGGGCCUGGCCCAAUCCGCAAACGCGACUGGAAGCCUAUUGCCAAGCGACACCUUGAGAACCGAGAGGUCGUGCUGCACACAGACGGGGCGAAAGCGUACAAGCUCAAGAUCCCGAAGGUUCUGCACGACAAUGUUGUCCACAUGAAGAAGAAGGUCACUCUGCGAGGGGUGACACGCUGGAUCAAGCCGAAAUACUCUGAGGUUGUGGCCCACAGAUUGCCGACUGGCGAGCAGAUGUACACUAAGUCGGGAACGCAGAUCAUCGAUCGAUUCUGGUCGCAUCUGCGGAAGCAUUUGCAAUCGCGCACGCACAGGGUUGGCACCCUUGCCGCAACGCGCCGCAUUCGUUCCGCCCAGUGGACAUACUGGAACAAAG